ACGCUCAUAGUUAUCUGCAAGUUUCGAAAGCCUCUCUGAAUCUUGAGAUUUGUUGUUCAUUUUUCCUUUUGAAUCCAAUUAAAUUUUUCUUCUUCUGAUUCUUUGUUCAUGGAGUGUAGAACUUUAGAUAUCAACAUCAAGAGGGCCUACGGCCUCAAGAACGUCAAUCUCUUCUCCACGAUGGAUGUAUACGCCGUCGUUUCGAUCUCCGGUGAUCCCCGCGGGAAGUCGAAGCAGAGGACUCCGGUGGCUAAAGACAGUGGCUCAGAUCCUUACUGGAAUUAUCCGAUGAAGUUCACGAUCGAUGAGGCUGCCGCACAGAGCAAUCGCCUCAAUCUUAAGAUCAAAUUCGUUUCCAGUCGGAGCUUAGGCGAUAGGAAGAUCGGUAAGGUUGUUGUUCCGAUCAAGCGAUUGCUCGAUGAAAGUGCUAAAGGAGAUGAAGGAAAAUCCGAGAGAACCCUAACUUUCAGCGUCAGGACGUUGAGCGGAAAGGAAAAAGGUACCGUCGAAUUUUCGUACAAAUUUGGGGAAAAAUACACGGUUCAGGCACCUCCACCGCCACCACCGAUUAUGAAGUCCAGUGAGCCGGUUACAGCUUAUCCCCUAGGUUAUCCUGGAUCUAGUUCCGGAUAUGCGGCCGGAGGUGCACAUCCGCCUCCUGCGGGAACCGCUUAUGCAUAUCCGCCUCCGCAGCAAGGAUACGGAUAUCCACCGCCUCCACAGGCUGGAUAUGGCUACGGCGGUUACCCUCCGCCGCAGCAGGGGCAUGGAUAUGCGCCGUAUAAGCCACAGAGGCCGCAGAGGAGUGGUAUGGGCGGUAUGGCUUUGGGAGCCGGAGCUGGUCUGCUUGGAGGUUUGCUAAUCGGCGACAUGAUCUCAGAUGUGGGUGAUUCGAUGGCUUAUGAUGCUGAUUUUGGUGAUGGCUUUGAUUUCUAAAGCCAUCUCGUUCUUCAUCAUCUUCUUCUCCUCGUUUUCUGAUCAUUUUUUCUGUCAUGUAAAUACAACUUCUAAAGCUUUAGAUUACAGAGAUUACUUGAAUAAGUUUUGGGAAUUAUCCAUUAGAAUAUGGUAAAUGUGCUUUUAGAUUUGUGAUGUUUGUAAAUUAAUCUUCCACUGACAUUAGAUUGAAUCGAUUGUAGCUUCUGUUUUGCUGAUCUUUAAUAAUCUAUUGCUCCCAUCA